CCCCGGAGAGUGUGGGUGAGGCCAGCUCAGCACUGACAGACUUGAAGAUGGCCCCUUUUCAGACCAAUAAGGAUCUGAUCGCUACAGGAAUAAGGGAGUUUAACGUUCUGCUGAAUCAGCAGGUCUUUUCUGAUCCUCUCAUCCCCGAGGAAAACAUGGUCACUGUGGUUGAUGACUGGGUAAACUUGUACAUCAACUAUUACAAGAAGCACAUGCUUGGGGAGCAGCAGGAGCAAGACAAGACUCUGAAAGAGCUCCAGCAGGAGCUGAGUGCUUUGGGCAGCCAGUUUCUGACCAAAUACAGGACCUUUCUGAAGUCCAAAGAUCCCCCAAGCAGUGAAGUGCCUUCCUCAUAGCAUCAAGGCUCAGGGCAUCACGUCUAAGAAGCCUGAAGCCUUGGCUCUGUGUUGUGUCUUCAUCCCAUGGUGUUGCUGUGCCUUGACAUCCC